GCGUGCACGGGUGCGUCGCGCGGUCACGCUGUUGUCACGAGCCUUAUCCAAUCCGUGGAGUGGAGGCUGGAGAAUUAAAACGGACAUCAAUUAUAUAUACAUUUUAUUUACCAAAUUUAAUGCGUGAUAAAGAGAGCCGGGCUAUAAUUUAAUAUCGCUGGUUGGCUAUUAAGACCGUCUGAGUUAUUCCGGUUAACCCGUGAUGUAUUCCAGUAUUUGAAUGAUAUUGCUAGCCAGCUAGCUAGCUGUGAAGCUAGCUUUACGGUGCUUGACUCGAAGUAACGUUAUAUUCUCGGACCAUAUUUUCAUUAAGACAUCUGACUGCAUUCAUCUGAGAGACACCUAAGUGGUUGGCGGUUUUAACUUUAGGGAAUUAUUACAGUAACGUCAGGUGUUAUGCGCGUCGGUUGUAAUCCUAGCUGGAUAAGGAUUGAAUGAAAUAACGUUAGCUUCCCAGAGACUGCGGAAACGAACCAGUUAACAGGGAUAAGGUUAAGUUCUCCUGCUGCUGCUUGAUCCACCGCCAUCCAGCUAGCUAAUCUAGCAAAUGCUAUCUGAGCUAGCCUCCCACAAGCAUACAGUCGGCUUGGUAGGUCAAUCAUAAAGGUGUAGCGAUACGACUGGAAUUGCGAAAGAAGCUAGCUAACGUUACUACUAAACGUCAAGUUGGCCAUCUUCCACUCCAGCCCAGUGUUAAGCUGACCGACGGAUAACGUUUAAGGCCGUAGUGAGGACAGAAACCUGCAAAAAUGCCGGCUGUGUCGAAAGGAGAUGGAAUGCGCGGAUUAGCCGUUUUCAUCUCGGACAUAAGAAAUUGUAAGAGCAAGGAAGCCGAGAUAAAACGGAUCAAUAAAGAGCUGGCCAACAUUCGCUCCAAGUUUAAAGGGGACAAGGCUCUCGAUGGCUACAGCAAGAAGAAGUAUGUCUGCAAGCUGCUCUUCAUCUUCCUGCUCGGUCAUGACAUUGACUUUGGACACAUGGAAGCAGUCAACCUGCUGAGCUCCAACAAGUACACAGAGAAACAGAUUGGUUACCUGUUCAUCUCAGUGCUCGUAAACAGCAACAGUGAGCUGAUCCGUCUGAUCAACAACGCCAUCAAGAAUGACCUGUCCAGCCGCAACCCCACCUUCAUGUGCCUGGCGCUGCACUGCAUCGCCAACGUGGGAAGCCGCGAGAUGGCCGAGGCCUUUGCCAGCGAGAUCCCUCGGAUCCUGGUCGCUGGUGACACCAUGGACAGUGUGAAGCAGUCGGCUGCACUGUGUCUGCUGCGCCUCUAUAAGACCUCUCCUGACUUGGUGCUGAUGGGUGAGUGGACUUCACGCGUGGUGCACCUGCUCAAUGACCAACACAUGGGUGUGGUGACAGCAGCCAUCUCUCUCAUUACCUGUCUGAGCCAGAAGAAUCCAGAUGAGUUCAAGACCUGCGUUUCCCUGGCAGUGUCCCGACUUAGCAGGAUUGUGUCGUCAGCCUCCACUGAUUUGCAGGAUUACACCUACUACUUUGUCCCGGCACCGUGGCUCUCUUGCAAGCUGCUGCGCCUGCUGCAGUGCUACCCACCGCCAGAAGAUGGCGCUGUCAAGGGCCGUCUGGUAGAGUGUCUGGAGACCAUCCUCAAUAAGGCCCAGGAGCCACCCAAGUCCAAGAAGGUGCAGCACUCCAAUGCCAAGAAUGCUAUCUUGUUUGAGGCUAUCUCACUGAUAAUCCACUAUGAUAGCGAGCCCAACCUGCUGGUGCGAGCCUGUAACCAGCUGGGCCAGUUCCUGCAGCACCGAGAGACCAACCUGCGCUACCUGGCUCUGGAGAGCAUGUGCACUCUGGCCAGCUCCGAGUUUUCCCAUGAAGCCGUCAAGACGCACAUCGAGACGGUCAUCAACGCCCUCAAGACCGAGAGGGAUGUGAGUGUCCGACAGCGGGCGGCUGACCUGCUCUAUGCCAUGUGCGAUCGCAGCAACGCCAAGCAGAUCGUCGCCGAGAUGCUCAGCUACCUGGAGACCGCAGACUACUCCAUCAGAGAAGAGAUGGUGCUGAAAGUGGCCAUACUGGCAGAGAAGUACGCCGUGGAUUACUCCUGGUACGUGGACACCAUUCUCAACCUCAUCCGCAUUGCUGGCGACUACGUCAGCGAAGAGGUGUGGUAUCGCGUCAUUCAGAUCGUCAUCAACAGAGACGACGUGCAGGGCUACGCCGCCAAGACGGUCUUUGAGGCGUUGCAGGCGCCCGCUUGCCAUGAGAACAUGGUGAAGGUCGGAGGCUACAUCCUGGGAGAGUUUGGUAACCUUAUUGCCGGCGACCCACGCUCCAGCCCCCUGGUCCAGUUCAACCUUCUCCACUCCAAGUUCCACCUGUGCUCGGUGCCGACUCGCGCCCUCCUGCUGUCCGCUUACAUCAAGUUUAUCAACCUGUUCCCAGAGACCAAGGCCACCAUCCAGGAGGUGCUGCGCUGCGACAGCCAGAUCCGCAAUUCGGACGUGGAGCUGCAGCAGCGCGCCGUCGAGUAUCUGAAGCUUUCCUCCAUCGCUAGCACCGAUGUCCUGGCCACUGUCCUGGAGGAGAUGCCUCCCUUCCCAGAGAGGGAGUCGUCCAUCCUGGCUAAGCUGAAGAAGAAAAAGGGGCCCGGCGCUGUGUCUGUGACAGAGCUGGAAGACAGCAAAAGGGAGGGUGGGGAGCUGAAUGGAGGGAGUGACCGGGGGCCAGACACAGCAGCCAUGGCUGCGUCCAACGCUUCCACCCCGUCACCGUCGGCAGACCUCCUCGGGAUUCGUUCUUCUGCUCCGGUUGGCGCUGCCCCAACCAGCGCUGGCAGCCUAUUGGUGGAUGUGUUCUCCGAGGCGGGACCUGCCGCUCCUUCUGCUGCUGUGAACGACGACGGCUUCCUAAGAGAUCUGGAACAGCCCACCGAGACCUCUGAUUCCCUAUUGGUGGAGGGUUCUGGUGACUCGGACUCUGCUCCUCCCUCUGAGGAUCCUGCUCCUCCUCUGUCUGAGGCAGACGAACUUCUUAACAAGUUUGUGUGCAAGAACAACGGGGUUCUGUUUGAGAAUCAGCUGCUACAGAUUGGCAUCAAGUCAGAGUAUCGUCAGAAUCUGGGGAGAAUGUACCUAUUCUACGGUAACAAGACGUCGGUGCAGUUUGCCAGCUUCACCACCACAGUCAGCUGUCCUGGGGAGCUGCAGUCUCAGCUCAACGUCCAGACCAAAGCAGUGGAGCCCCUGGUGGAGGGGGGGGCCCAGAUCCAGCAGGUCCUCAACAUCGAGUGUCUUACUGACUUCUCUGAAGCCCCGCUGCUCAACAUCAAAUUCAGAUACGGUGGAGCUCUGCAGAACCUGACUCUCAAGCUGCCCGUCACCAUCAACAAGUUCUUCCAGCCAACUGAGAUGGCAUCGCAUGAUUUCUUCCAGCGCUGGAAACAGCUAAGCCAGCCUGCACAAGAAGCACAAAAGAUAUUCAAGGCUAACCACAGCAUGGACACUGAAGUACUUAAGGCUAAGCUACUGGGACUAGGAACGGCCCUGCUGGACGACGUGGAUCCCAACCCAGAGAACUACGUGUGUGCUGGAGUGAUCCAGACCAAAGGCCAGCAGGUUGGCUGUCUGCUGAGACUGGAGCCCAAUGCCCAGGCACAGAUGUACCGUCUGACUCUGCGCUGCAGCAAGGACUCUGUGUCCAGGCGUCUCUGCGAACUGCUGGCCGAACAGUUCUAGAGUCCAGACCUCUACCGUGACCAGUACUCCCAGCAUCCCCAGCGGUGACCUCUCCCUCCAGCCCUCCUGCCUCCUCCCUCCAACAAAGAGUCUUUGGUUUAAAAAAAAAAAGAAAAAAAAAAAAG